GAUAACCCGUGGUUAAAAAUAAAUAAAUAAGUAGCGUACUUGUUAUUAUCUUGUUUUGGUGAAUCAAUCAAGAGAGAGAGAGAGGGAGGAUGUCGUACCUGCUACCACAUCUGCACUCAGGAUGGGCGGUGGACCAGGCCAUCCUCGCCGAGGAAGAACGACUCGUCGUCAUCCGCUUCGGUCACGACUGGGACGAGACCUGCAUGCAGAUGGAUGAAGUGCUGGCUUCUGUUGCUGAGACGAUCAAAAACUUUGCUGUUAUCUAUCUUGUGGACAUCACUGAGGUGCCUGAUUUCAACACUAUGUACGAGCUCUAUGACCCAUCCACAGUCAUGUUCUUCUUCAGAAAUAAGCACAUUAUGAUUGAUCUUGGCACUGGAAAUAACAACAAGAUAAACUGGGCUCUCAAGGACAAGCAAGAGUUCGUUGACAUUGUUGAGACAGUCUACCGUGGGGCAAGGAAAGGUCGUGGUCUGGUGAUUGCUCCUAAGGACUACUCCACCAAGUACCGUUACUAAGUCCUUGUGCAAGCUGUAGUUGAUUUGGAGCUUGUAAGAUCAUAUAUUGAAAACCUGUUGCAUCAUAGUACGUUCUCUAGAAGUUGUUUGUUUGAAACCUGUAAUGUUAGAUCUUGAAAACCUGUUGCUUGAAACUUGAAUUCUCUAGAAAUCAAUGUUUUGGAGCUAUCAUAUCAUUAAAUUACAAGGUGUUUCACCCCAGGUGCUUUCUCUAUACUUGAUUUGACUAUUGCACAUGUAUUGCUCUUUGAAUUAAAUAACAGAUCCAAUCCUGGAAUUUUAAA